CCUGUCUAUCUUGCUUCAGGUCGCAGGCAGGCACGAAGGCAGAACUCCCGCAUCUACAACCCACCUCAACCCGUUCAACAGGCAUUUAUCGUCAGUGCCGACUUUCCCGCAGCGACCGAGUCGCUUUCUUUUUUCCACCCUACUUUGUCACAUCAAACUACCGCCAAGAUGGAUUUCAAGAAUCUCGGCAAAAGCUUCACCUCCUUUGGGUCCUCGAUCACCCCUUUCGCUUCCCGUACCUUCCAGUACACCAAGGAGCAGCUUGGCCAGGCCGAGGAUAAGACCCAGCUCCCUCCCGACUACAUUGAUCUCGAGAAGCGCGUCGAUGCCCUCAAGCAGGUGCAUCAGAAGAUGCUGGCUGUGACCUCGCAAUACUCGAACGAGGCCUACGACUACCCGCCCAACAUCAAGGAGACCUUCCAGGAUCUCGGUCGCACCGUCAGCGAGAAGGUCACUCUCCUUUCGUCCGCUGGCUCCCCGGCCGAGGCCCAGGCAGCCCUGACCGCUCCCCCUUCGGCGAAGCCCCAGCCCAAGACCUUCAACCAUGCCAUUGCCAGAGCCAGUCUGUCAAGCAGCCAGGUGCUUCACCAGCAGCAUACCGGAACCGGCGAGGAUCCUUUGGCUACGGCUCUCGAGAAGUAUGCCUUGGCUAUGGAGCGAGUUGGCGAGUCCCGCAUGGCCCAGGAUGCCCAGAUCCAGAGCCGCUUCCUUGCCGGCUGGAACACCACCUUGAACACCAACCUCAAGUUCGCUACCCGCGCCCGCCAGAACGUCGAGAAGUCCCGCUUGACUCUCGAUGCUGCCAAGGCCCGCGCUCACGGCACCACCUGGAAGAUGGGCCCCGGUGCCACUCCCAACGAGGGCCAGCCUCCGGAGCUGAGCCCUGAGGCCCAGGAGGAGAUUGAGAAGGCCGAAGACGACUUUGUCACGCAGACUGAGGAGGCCGUUGGUGUCAUGAAGAAUGUUCUUGAUACCCCUGAGCCCCUUCGCAACCUUGCCGACCUGAUUGCUGCUCAGAUCGAGUACCACAAGAAGGCCUACGAGAUCUUGAGCGAGCUUGCCCCGGUUGUCGAUGGCCUGCAGGUUGAGCAGGAGGUUAGUCGCGCCUCGAACUACGAAGUAUAACGAAGACCGAUCCGUGCUGACGCCCUUUCGCUGCAGGCCAGCUACCGCAAGAGCCGUGAGAACGCCUCUUAAGCGGCUGGAAGUGAGCGCCUAUUUUCUUGAUCGCCACCGCCUCUGCAGUGCUAGCAGCUUCAUCAUACUUAGAUUUGGUUGACGUCUGCCGAGCAGUCAGCA